AUGACACUUGUCUUGUACAUCUACCAGAGCAUGGAAAGGGCCAUGGAUGUGGCUUGCAUGAGGGGGGAGUGCACCGGCGCCGAGAUGUACCCAUCGAAGGAAGACCUGAUGUACUGGCGAGCAGUGGUCAUGGGCAUGGAGCGGGACGACUCCGAGGCGGGUGAAAAGCACGACCUCAUGACCGUUUUCAAGACCCGGAGCAACUACAACUACUGCGCCACGGAGCACUUGAAGGCAUGCUCCUCCAAGACGGGGGAGCUGUCCGGAGCGAAGGGGAUCCGGGGCGUGUUCGAGACCAGGACAAGCUUCAAUCUGGCGAGGGCCAAUGGCAUUGCGGCCUUGAC